AUGGCAAGUUUAAGAAGUAGAGGAGAAAUUGUCUUAGCAACUACAUCAUUUGGUAUAGCUGCAACAUUGUUACCUGGUGGUAGGACUGCACACUCUCGAUUUAAGAUCCCUAUUGAUAUUCAACCGAGUUCCAUUUGUGGUAUUGAAAAGAAAAAGGAUCUUGCAAAUCUCAUUAGAGUUGCUGCCGCAAUCAUUUGGGAUGAAGCACCAAUGACAAACAAAAAUUGUUUGGAAGCCUUGGAUCGAUCAUUACAAGACAUUUGUAGCAACAAUGCUCCAUUUGGUGGAAAAUCUCAUUUAUGGAAUCAUACCAAGAUUUUGCGUUUGCGUCAAAAUAUGCGAUCAUUGCAUGAUCAAGAGUUUGCAGAAUUUCUUAUUCGCAUUGGUGAUGGUGUUGAACCUACCAAACCAGAUGACAUGGUGAGGUUACCUUUACAUAUUGCAAUCCCAUGGGAAGGUGAACAUUCCAUACAGGUACUUAUCCAACAUAUUUUUCCUAAUUUAGAAUUGCAUGGUUGGGAUGCCCCAUAUAUGGUACAAAGAGCUAUUUUGACACCAACAAAUGAUGAUGUCCAGAAAUUGAAUGAUAUGAUUAUCGAUCAGUUUCCAGGAGAAGAACAUAAUUUGUUAUCGUUUGACGAGGUUGAAGGAGAUAAUCAUAAUUUAUACCAGCAAGAAUUCUUAAACUCAAUUGCACAAGCCAAACUAGAACACGAUGAAAUCUCUCAAUUAUGUAAGGAGUUGAGACGAAAGAAUGUUGAAACUUGCUCCAACAUGAAAAUAACAGACUAUGAAGAUAAAUGGAACACAUGGAAGGAUGAACAAAGUAUUUCAUCCAUCGACAAACUCGACAAUAAGUUUUUUAAAUCUCAAGAGCGCAUUGAUAAAGGGAUGUACGAAGAAUUGAUUCGAAUCUUUAUAAGAGAAAAAGAAAAUACUUCGAAUAGAGAUUCCAUGUUCGGCAUUCCUCUUAAAGAACGUCAUUGA